AUGUCUAUUAAUUUGAGGGGGUGGGGUGACGCGGCGAAACUACGUCGACUGAGUUCAUUAUUACAUUCAGGUGCAUUUGAUAUGUGUUUAUUACAAGAAACAAAAAGAUCUGCUUUCACUGAUUCUAUGAUACACGGUUUAUGGGGAUAUAAAGAGGUUGUUUGGGUAGCUAAAGAAUCCAUCGGUCUCUCUGGUGGUAUGUUAUCUAUUUGGAAUAAAGAUUUAUUUUCUUUUCGUUUUAGCUUUACCGGUGUUGGUUUUUUGGGUAUUUGUGUGGAAUGGAAAAAUAGGUUGUUGUAUAUUGUGAAUAUCUAUUCUCCCUGUUCAUUGGCUGGUAAACGGAAAUUAUGGAAGGAUUUGUUAGAAUUUAAAUCAAACAAUGCUAUCGGAGAUUGGGUUUUAGGGGGUGAUUCUAAUGCUAUAUCGAAGAGUGGAGAAAGAAGAGGUAAUAGUGGCAGUAAGAGUUUGUCGGAGAGGUCAGAAUUUUCCCUUUUCAUGGAGGCUAUGGAAGUGAUCGAUACCCCGGUUCUAGGGAAGAAAUUUACUUGGUUCAAUUCUGAUGGUUCGGCAAUGAGCAGAUUGGAUCGAUUCCUUUUAUCUGAAGGUUUUAUUCACCAAGGAGGUGUAUCUUAUCAAUGGAUCGGUGACCGCGAUAUUUCUGACCAUUGCCCUAUUUGGUUAGAAUGUUCUAAUCAUAAUUGGGGGCCUAAACCCUUUAAAUUCAACAAUUGUUGGGUUGAUCAUCCAGAAUUCCUUGAUCUAGUGAAAAAAAAUUGGGCGCAAUCCGAUGUAAGAGGCACAAAGACUUUCGUUAUUUCAGAAAAGAUGAAGAGAUUGAAAGAAGCGUUGAAGAAGUGGAAUCGAGAUGUUUUUGGUUUUAAGGAUCUGUGUAUUGACAAAACAGUGAGGGAAUUGAACGAGGUAGAGGACUUAAUUGCAAAUGGGGAUGUCUACCCGACUGAUUUAAACUCGAAGGAGUUGGUUAGAAAUUUUUGGGAGCAAAUUCAUUCUAAAGAGAGUCUUCUUCGUCAAAAAUCUAGAAACGAAGUGGAUUCAAGAAGGAGAUUCUAA